AUGGCAACCAACGUCCUUGGCGCUCUUUACUCGCAGGUGUCCGUCUUGGACACCAUUUUCCCUGGCUUGAGCGUUGCAUUGAACUAUAUCCAUCCUCUCACGUCCGGAAAGUCUCAUCUAGGCGCCCGGCUAUUCUGCAUAUAUGGCCUGGUCACAUUUCUGAUACGGUUUGCCCAUGGUCGUAUUGGUAGGAUGGUGGAAAAAUACUUCACGUUCACUUUUGAGAUCUGCUACACCAGUGAUUCGUACGAGAUACUUAGGAACUGGAUACAAUCUCAGCCGUUCGCCACAGAGACUCGAUCCACCAUUGUGACUCUCGAAAAACAAGCCAAGCUGGGAAACGGAGCGACGAAGAGCAUAUUGAAGUAUAGCCCAAAGAAGAUACGCAAGUCUUUCUGGUACGAAGGCAAACUUCUUUACCUGCGCUCUAUACCAGAAGAAGGGUAUUCGCAUCGUGAACGGUUUUUUCUUUCCUGCAUGGGUACAUCGUCCAAAGUUCUGAAGGACUUCCUUCAAUAUUGCCAAGACAAACUUGAGAAACAAACGGAAAAAGAAACCGCGAUUUACACGAACGGCGAUGGCCGCUGGGAUCUCGCCACGCGGCGGGGUCGAAAGCGCUCAAAUACCGUCAUACUUCCCGAGGACGUGAAAACCGACUUCUUCGACGACAUUGCGGAGUACCUUAAUCCCAAGGCCGUAGCUUGGUAUGUCGAGCAUGAUCUACUUUACCGCCGUGGCUACUUAUUAUAUGGCGAGCCUGGAACCGGCAAAACGAGUUUGAGCUUGGCAGCUGCUGGAAAGUUCGGCCUAGACGUCUAUGCCAUGAAUUUGUCCAAAGUCAACGACACGACCCUUCAGAAAUUGAUGAGAAAAUUACCAACACGAUGUGUCCUCCUGUUAGAGGACAUCGAUGCCAUCGAAAGCGCAAAUAGUCGCGAAAACAACGAUGCUGCGCCGAAAGAGUCCACAAGCAGCAACGUGACCCUCUCCGGUCUUCUCAACGCAAUUGACGGAGUAGCUUCCGUGGAAGGCCGCGUUCUGAUCAUGACUACUAAUCAUGUCAAUCGCAUCGACCCGGCUGUUAUUCGACCAGGGCGUGUGGACAAAAUGGUGGAGUUUGGGCUAGCAAGCCGAGAGAUGCUGCUGGGGCUCUUCCGAUAUAUCUAUAUGCCGUUGCCCAGCAAGACCGAAAUAGCAGAGAAUGCGGACGAAAGAGUCGUCGAAAGCCAAGGCGCUCAGCUGUUGUCCAGCAAGACCGAAAGAGCAGGAGACGCGGAUGAAAGGGCCCUCGAAAACCAAGGCGCUCAGGGUAUCCAAGAGCUAGCUGAGAUGUUCGCUAAUCUUGUGCCUGCGAUGAAAUAUAGCCCGGCCAAGAUCUUAUCAUUUCUGAUUGCGCACAGGCAUUCACCUCGAGAUGCCGUGGAAAAUGUGGUCCCGUGGAUCGCAAAAGGGGGCGAGGAAAUCGUUGCUCUUCGGCGCCAGACUUCCACGAUGCAUACAAAGAGUGAGGAGACGGUUGACCUAUCAGACGGUGUAUCCGCCAGUAUGGGUAUGGAGGAUAUGCAGUGGUUCACGGUUUCGGAUUAG